AUGGAAUUUUACCAGGGCGGGAGAAUGGGCCACACCCGGGAGGCAUGGGCCCGGCCCAACCACACAACAACGGUCGUCACCCACACACAUAUGAGCAGUUUCGAAUCCGGACGGCGCGGCUCCAAAGUCCAAACAACACAACCCCAAAACAAAUCUCAAAUCCAAAUCCGAAUCCACGCCGCGCGACGGAAUCCCCUUCCUCCUCCUCUCGCAGCGGACCCGACCCGACCCAACCCCAUGGAAGGUGGCGACGCGGCGAGCGACGACCCCAUGGACUUCACCUGGACCGCCGGCUGGGAGGCGGCCUGCGACGCCGCCAGCCCCGACCCCGACGCCGCGCCCGCCCCCGCCCCGGCCAACCCGCCGCCGGAGCCGCAGGCGGCGGAGGCGGAGCCCAUGAUCCUCGUCUCCGGCCCGCGCGUCGCCGUCUCCGGGCUCAGGCAGGCCGACUGCCGCGCAGGUGAAUGCGUCCUGUUCGUCAACGCCGGCGGCUGCGCCAUCCAAGGCGACGACCCCUCUGCAAACUUGUUUUCCAGCGACUCUUUCUUUCAAGGAGGGGAGUCGAUAGAGACAUCCGAGAGCAUAGUUGAAGGCGGCGACUAUCCCUCGCUCUACAGCUCGGCACGCUACGGCGAUUUCAGCUACAGAUUCGACGGCCUUGCCCCUGGAGACUAUUACCUGGAUCUGCAUUUCGCGGAGAUAGUGCACACUGCCGGGCCAACAGGAAUCAGAUCUUUUGAUGUCCUCGUGCAACAAGACAUGAUUUUGUCUGGACUUGAUGUGUUCAAGGUGGUCGGAGGUAACAGGCCCCUUCAGGUGCUUGACGUCAGGGCUUUUGUUGGGAGCAAUGGUGCUAUCACCAUCGACUUCAAGGGAGUAAGAGGAAACCCCAUGGUUUGUGGCAUCUGCAUUCGCAAAGCCCCAGCAACACCAGCGGCAAAGUUUGGUACCCGUGGGAGUGGCUUAUGCAAAAAAUGCUUAACUGAUGUUGAGAUUUCUUCACCUAUUCAGAAAAGGACAGCUAAACUGAUCUCAAAGUACGAGAAACAGAUUGAGGAGCUAACCAGCCAGUGCAACAUCAAGUCUGACGAGUGCUCCAUGGCGUGGUCUUUAGUAGAAUCUACCAAUCAAGAACUUGACAAGCUUAAGAUGGAGCUUCACCAAAAGCUUGUGCAAACUGAUAAUUUUGAACAAGUCCUUGACACGCAAACAGACCAACUAAGAAAAGUUUCUCAGAGCUACGAAAAUGACAAGAAACUAUGGGCUGCUGCCAUAUCUAACUUGGAGAGCAAAAUCAAGGCCAUGAAACAAGAGCAAGCACUGUUAUCUCUUGAAGCACACGACUGUGCGCACGCGAUUCCUGAUUUGAGUAAGAUGAUUGAAGCUGUUCGAGCCUUAGUUGCACAGUGUGACGAUCUGAAAAUGAAGUACCAUGAGGAGAUGGCCAAGAGAAAGAAACUUCAUAAUAUUGUCCAGGAGACAAAAGGAAACAUUAGAGUUUUCUGUAGAUGCCGCCCCUUGAGCAAAGAUGAGACAUCGUCAGGGUACAAAUGUGUAGUGGAUUUUGAUGGAGCAAAUGAUGGAGACAUUGGGAUUAUGAAUGGAGGAACAGCAAAAAAGACAUUCAAGUUUGACAGAGUCUACACACCAAAAGAUGACCAAGCUGAGGUUUACGCCGAUGCAUCUCCACUAGUCACGUCAGUGCUAGAUGGAUACAAUGUAUGCAUCUUUGCAUACGGUCAAACGGGAACCGGGAAGACCUUCACCAUGGAAGGGACUGAAAGGAACAGAGGAGUAAACUAUAGAACUCUGGAGGAGUUGUUCAAGAUUGCUGAGGAGAGAAAAGACACUGUCACGUACAACAUAUCAGUUAGUGUGCUUGAGGUGUACAAUGAACAAAUCAGAGACCUCCUUGCAACAUCCCCUUCAUCUAAGAAGUUGGAGAUCAAACAAGCAGGUGAAGGAUCCCAUCAUGUGCCCGGCAUAGUUGAGGCCAAAGUUGAGGACAUAAAUGAAGUUUGGGAUGUCUUACAAACUGGAAGCAAUUCGAGGGCUGUAGGGUCAAACAAUGUGAAUGAACACAGCAGUCGCUCACACUGCAUGCUUUGUAUCAUGGUUAGAGCAAAGAACCUGAUAAAUGGGGACUGUACAAGAAGUAAGCUCUGGUUGGUAGAUCUUGCUGGAAGCGAGCGGUUAGCCAAGACAGACGCGCAAGGUGAUCGGCUCAAGGAAGCACAGAAUAUCAACAGGUCGCUUUCUGCUUUAGGCGACGUCAUUUCUGCUCUUGCUUCCAGAAGCAGCCACAUUCCUUACAGGAAUUCCAAAUUGACGCACUUGCUCCAAGACUCUUUAGGAGGCGAUUCGAAAGCCCUAAUGUUUGUGCAAAUUAGCCCAUCCGACAACGACGCGUCGGAAACCUUGAGUUCGUUGAACUUUGCUAGCCGUGUUCGUGGUAUAGAACUGGGCCCAGCAAGGAAGCAGGUCGACACAGCCGAGCUUCAAAAGGUCAAACAGAUGCUUGAAAGGUCUAAGCAGGAAGCCAAGCUUAAGGAGGAAUCUUUGAGAAAGCUGGAAGAGAACUGUCAAAAUUUAGAGAGUAAAGCCAAGGGAAAAGAGCAGCUUUACAAAAACUUGCAAGACAAGGUGAAGGAGCUUGAAAGCCAACUAGACUCUAAGAUGCAUUCUCAAAUUACGUCGGAAAAGCAGCAGAGUCAGCUUUCUGGAAAACUUACGGAGAAGGAAGAAGCAUGUACUGCGCUACAGCACAAGAUAGUGGAGUUGGAGCGUAAGCUUGGACAGCAGCACCAGUCAGACUCUGAGGUCGCAGCUCUCAAGCAAACGAUUGAGGAGCUGGAACAGCAAAGAUCAGCUGCAGAAUCAAAGGCAAUGGAAAUGGGGCAAGAACUCUUGGAAGCACAGAAAACAGAGUCAAUGCUCCAGAGCAAGCUGCUCGACCUCGAGAAGAAGCUGCAGGAGAUGACAAAACUCCAAGGCGCAAGCACGAUGGCUGACACAAAGCCUCAAGACACUGGUAGCACGACGAUGCCUGACACAAAGCCUCAAGACACUGGUAGCACGACGGUGCCUGAACCCUCGAACAAUAAUCCAAUCACAAGGGUUCUUCCUGCGACCCCUGUGGAGACAGGCGUGGCGCCGGCUUGUUGCGCGAGGGAGGAGGCGAUGAGCGAGAAGGCGCAGCAGCAGCACCGCCGCAUCCUGAGGAGCUCCGACUCGGCCAACAAGCGGGUCCCGAGCUCCCUGUUCGCCCCGGAGGCGGCUGUCGUGAACGAGAGGAAGAGGAAAGGGGAUGACAGCCACCCUCCUGGCGGUGCCGGUGGCAGGCAGAACGCCGGGCGGAAGAGGAGCAGCAUGCAGGGUGAGGUGGAGAACCACGUCCCUGGUGCGGCCGCGGUGGCGAGGAAGAGGAGCCUGCAGGGCGGCGAGGUGAGGUCGAAGAGGGCGUCGAUCCCGGCGCGGCCUUCGACGGCGACGGCGGCAAGCGCUGCUGCUGCUGCUGCGCAGAGGGUGGUGGUGGCUCCUGGUUCCAGGGUGACGAGGCAGCAGCAGCAGGCGGCGGUGGGGAGCAGCAACAAGACCAAGGGGUGGGUGAGGUGA